AUGUCCACAGAUGUAGUCAUCAGACUGGCUGACAACACUCAAAAGCAAGCAAUAGGAGUGGUGGAAAAUGUGUUGCUAAAGGUUGGGAAAUACUUUCUCCCAACAGACUUUGUCAUCCUGGACAUGGAAGAGAGUCACACUCACCCAAUCAUAUUGGGAAGACCCUUCCUAGCUACGGCCAAAGCACUCAUAGAUGUGGAGAAAGGGGAGCUAAUAUUGAGGAUCCAUGAUGAACGGCUCAGCUUUAAUGUCUUCAAACUCUCACAAGAAGCAGACCAAGAGCACAAGGAACCAAGCAAAGAUCGUAACGAGAUGCUGAAGGAGGAAGCAAGUACUGAAGCACACCCAACCUAUCUGGAGACCCCUUUGGUUGAUAAACAAGGGAAACAGCAACUACCACAGCUCAAGGAAACGUUGGAGGAACCUAAACCUCUAGAGGCAUGUGAAGACAACAUCACAACUCCCUUAGAAAAAGAAGUCAUCAAGAGCAAGGCAAUAUCAAAGGACACAAGGAAGAAGUUACCUAAAGUCUUCACAGUUAACAGAGUUCUCUCCCUGGAACAUGUAGAGAUCAUUGAUACAACCAAUGGAUACAAGUCCACAGCGAAAGGGGAGGACUUCAAGCAUUACCAACCACCCUGA